ACCACCCCCCCACGCCGCCAUGCCCGCCGUAGCCAUGCCGGUCGGGCCGCUGCUGCUCGCCUCUCCCGCUCACGGAGAUACAAAGGCCGCAGAUGAAGCAAAAGAUGAAGCCGCCAAGCCCGCGGUGGGUAUCAUUUACCCGCCGCCGGAGGUGCGGAACAUCGUGGACAAGACCGCGAGCUUCGUGGCCAGGAACGGCCCGGAGUUCGAAGCUCGCAUCCGUCAGAACGAGAUCAACAACCCCAAGUUCAACUUCCUCACGAGCACAGACCCGUACCAUGCCUACUACCGCCACAAGGUCACCGAGUUCCGUGAAGGACGUGGGCAGGAGCCGUCAGCCGCUGUUCCCAAGAUCAUGCAACAGCAGUUGCUCAUCUCACAGAAGGUGCAGGCCCAGGUGAUGCAGGAGACCAUCGUGCCGAAGGAGGCACCGCCGGACUUCGAGUUCAUGGCGGACGCGCCGUCCAUCUCGUACUUCGACCUGGACGUGGUGAAGCUGACGGCGCAGUUUGUGGCACGCAAUGGGCGCAGCUUCCUCACGCAGCUCAUGGCCAAGGAGCAGCGUAACUACACCUUCGACUUCCUGCGGCCACAGCACAGCCUCUUCCACUACUUCACCAAGCUGGUGGAGCAGUAUACCAAGAUCCUGAUUCCUCCAAAAGGCCUGUUGCAAAAACUUAAGAAGCAAGCUGAAAACCCCAAGGAUAUUUUGGAUCAGGUGAAGUACCGCGUGGAGUGGGCAAAGUUCCAGGAGCGCGAGCGGAGGAAGGAGGAAGAGGAGCGCGAGCGGGAGAGGGUUGCGUACGCCCAGGUGGACUGGCACGACUUCGUGGUGGUGGAGACCGUCGACUUCCAGCCCAACGAGCAAGGAAACCUCCCUCCGCCAACGACGCCCGAAGAACUGGGGGCGCGCAUCCUGGCGCAGGAGCGCUACGAGAAGUACGGGGAGAGCGAGGAGGUGGAGAUGGAGGUGGAGUCGGACCACGAGGGCGACUCGGACGACGGCAAUCGCCAAGACGACGACGACCAGGGCAGCGAGAGCGAGCCCGAGCGCGACGAUCGGCAGCGCAGGGACGAUAGGCAGCGCGGUGGUGCCUCCUCCGCUCAGCCCACGGACCAGGACACCCAAGUGCAGGACAUGGACGAGGGAUCGGACGACGAGGAUGAUAUGCCCGCUCCGCCGCUGCCCGAGUUGCCAAUGCCGCCGCCUCUUCCUCCCGCCCUUGACCAAGUGAUCAUCCGCAAGGAUUACGACCCCAAAGCGGUGCGGCCCACGGCACCGGCGCCCACGCAGGACGAGUUCCUCGUCUCUCCCAUCACGGGCGAGCGCAUCCCCGCCAGCAAGAUGCAGGAGCACAUGCGCAUCGGUCUACUGGACCCGCGCUGGAUCCAGGAGCAGGAGCGUUCCAUCCGCGAGCGGCAGAACCAGGAGGAGGUCUACGCCCACGGCCUGGAUAUCGAGAGCAGCCUGAAGCAGCUGGCUGAGCGCCGUACCGAUAUCUUCGGUGUGGAGGAGACGGCUAUCGGCAAGAAGAUUGGGGAAGAGGAGAUCCAGAAGCCCGAGGAUAAGGUGACGUGGGAUGGCCACACGGCGAGCAUGGCGCGCACGCAGCAGGCGGCGCAGGCCAACAUCAGCCUGCAGGAGCAGAUCGAGGCCAUCCACAAGGCCAAGGGCCUCGUGGGAGAGGAUGAGGCCAAGGAGAAGAUCGGGCCCAAGCCCGUGGUGUCGGGUCGCUCCGGCCCGCCGCCGGGUCCGCCGCCCGGACCUCCACGCUCCAACUCGGCCGCCUCCAACUCGCAGUCGAUGUCCAACAGCAUGCUGCCCAGCUCGCGCCCACCGCUGAUAGCGCAGCCGAUGCGCACCACGGUGGUGCAGGCGGUACCUCUGCUGCCCCGACCUCCCAUGCCGCCCAUGCUUCGCCUGGCGCCCACGCCCGUCCUCACCACGCAGCUACCCCCGCAGAUGCUGCCCGGGCCCUCGCGCAUCUCCGUGCUACCCAUGCCCCCGCCGGGCAUGCCCUCGCGGCCCCCGCCCAUGGGCGUGCCCACCGUGUUUGUGGCCACCCAGGUGGGCCCCCCGUCAGGCCCGGGAGGGGGCCGAAUGCUCCCCCACCACAACGCGCCCUCCCAGCAGGACGACGAGCCGGCCUCCAAAAAACUCAAGACGGAGGACAACCUCAUUCCCGAGGAGGAGUUCCUACGGCGCCACCGGGGUGCCGUGUCCUUCAAGGUUCAGGUCCCCAACAUGCAGGACAAGUCGGAAUGGAAGCUGAACGGACAGACUCUGAGUUUCAACCUCCCGCUGACCGACCAGGUGUCCGUCAUCAAGGCUAAGAUACAUGAGAGCACGGGCAUGCCGGCUGGAAAACAGAAGUUGCAGUUUGAGGGUAUUUUCAUCAAGGACUCCAACUCGUUGGCCUAUUACAAUAUGCUCAACGGGUCGGUCAUUCACCUGGCCCUCAAGGAGAGAGGCGGUCGCAAAAAGUAGUGGCCCUUCCAGGCCGCGUGGUUUGGGAUGCGUCAGGUCUUUGGUUAUUUUUUUUUGUGACCGAUGAGUGUUGCGUGUACCGUGCGAGAGGUCGCGGGUUCUCGAUGAAACCUCCCCGUGGGUUUUAGCACGCGAGGUGAACCCUAAAUGUGACAGUGGGAUUUUAUUUCUGGAACUGCUUCACCGUUUCAUACUUUUGCGGGGAAAUCAUUUUGAUACGAACAGUUUCGUUAAACUGGUCGUGCUUCCCGAUUAUGGCAGGAUGUGCCGAUGGAGGUAUUUUCUUAAAGUUUGUUAUCUUGCGUUGCUUUUUACAGCAGAGGUGGCAGAUUUUUGUUUAUUGGGUCUGGCAGGAAAAACUCGGGUAAUCCAAACCAAUAGACAACAUUCACUCAUCCAAAGGGAUUUGCAUAGUCCACAUACAGUUGUCAUAUUGCAUUGGCCUAUUAGCGGACUCCAAUAAAUGCUGCCAGAAAUAUCAGUUUAUUUUUCUAGUGAGAAGUCGAAAAGACCAGGUUGUCUCAUUUACAAGAAUGUCCUGGGUAUGCCAGCCUUGACUGGGUUGCCUUGACUGGGUUCCAAUGUGCGUUUUAUUAGAACAAGUGCUGUCUUUAGCACUUAUACUAAUAAGUGCAACUUUUUAACAAGCGACAAAGAUAUCUUGAGUAAAUGGAGGGAGGGAGGGACCCUUUUGUAAAGGAGUAAACAUUGUUUGGAAAUCUGAAAGGAUGAGUAAAAAGUUCUACCAACUUCUAAAGAUGUAUCCCACCCAAAUCCAGGACAAUUUAUUUUCCUCGCUAGUUUAUUUAGAAUGCAAUGAAGACAAAUGCGUGUUAUUCCCAUAACGUGGAUUAAUUUUCUGCAACUUAUCCUCGUCGUCGUAUUUGUUGUCGUUUUUCUCUCCGUGCCCCGAAAAAAAACAUUCCACCAGUUAAUUUAGAAUUAGGGCAGUCGCUUUUUUUUCUGUUUCCCUCGAUUCUUUUUGUGCACGUCGCAGAACAAUGAACAUCCCAUUUCACGGAACAGAUGCCAGGCGAUGCUGGAUUGUUGGCGCCAAAUGCCAAAGUGGGAACUCGUUAUUUGUCGCAAAAUCGUAUCACACCCCCCCCCCUCCCCACCAUCAUCAUCAUUGUUCUUUCAUUUCAGGAGCAGUUGAAAUAAACUUUUGGUGAAAUGUA